AUGCCGUACGCGAAAUUAUGGAGCAAAAUACCAGUGACGAUAGCCUUUUCGCUGUUGAUAACAGCUGGUUCAAGCCUACUAGCCGCAACAGCUGAAGAACUUAUAGAGCGCCAGACUGGAAAUAAUCCUUUUUCGGGACAGUUCUGCGACUACACAUCAUUCCAGGCGAGCGUAGUCGGCGACCGGUUACUGAUGUUUGGCGGUAACUUGACGAUAAAUAAGGGAGCAAAUAGUAAAGAGAAGAGAGAGCUAGAGCCCGGGUUCCAGUUCUUUUCGAUGCUCCUAAAUGAAACAUUUCAAGCGACUGCAAGCGUCAGCGAGUACCUUAGGAGGGAACCAGACCCUGCGGCGGAAAAGAGGAUAGCGUCUAUGCGCGAUGGCGGAGCGUAUAGCUACAAUGGAGAUAUAUACUUUUACGGUGGCCAACAGUUGUUCAAUGCUGGAGACGAUGAUCUCAUAUAUAAAUGCACACCUACAUCCCGGGAUAUCGUCUGGAACUCUGCAGCUAUCAACGGGAACGUUAGAAGAACUAUAACGAAGGGUGCCUCGGUUGAUGCCUCCUCUGAAAAUAAAGGGUUCUAUUUCGGAGGACAAAGCAUCAUUGCAAAGGGCUCGGACGAUGCACAGGCAGAUCGGGUGCUCAAUGGCACCUUGUCAAACAAUCUUAUCGUUGUGAGCUUCUCAUCGGGGAAACAGGAGUUUGCGAAUAUAACGGCUUCCGCAAGCAGAUCAAGGCCGCUGACCCAAAGUAACUUAUUAUUUGUGCCUGCGGGAAAAGAAGGCAUCUUGGUUAACCUUGGCGGCGACGAUGGGACUGGCGACGGUGCGUGGGAGGACCUACAAGUCUUUGACAUCGGAUCCUCCACGUGGUUCAACCAGCGAACACGAGGGAAUCUUACAUCAGGCAACUCCAGAUAUCCUGGGCCUGGCACCUGCUCUGUUGUUCAGUCUGAUGGCGAUAACCACUUUAUAUACGUCUAUGGUGGCAGUAACCGUGCGCCUGGUCAAUCCCAACUCGCAAUCCUGACAAUCCCCACCUUCCAGUGGUUUACAGUCUCGAAACGAAGUUACCCUAGCAAAGUCAAUGCGCAGUGUCAGCUCGUGGGAGAACGUCAAAUGUUGAUCCUCGGCGGUCGAAGUUCCAAUGGACGUGGCGACUGUGGUGGGAAUAGCUUUUUAGAAAUAUUGGAUAUCAGUUCCUUGGAUAUCGUUUCCAUUUUCCCAAACAGCAAUCCGUUCACGCCACCGCCGCUCGUCAGAACUGCAUCUAACUCAUCCAACCCUUUAGAUGGGUGGACCGACCCUGAACUCCAGGGACUAUACGAAGUUCAAUACCAAACGUUCGCACAGCGGAACCGAGAAUCCAAGUCAGAAAAGGGUCCCAUAAUCGGGGGUGUAGUUGGUGGAGUUGCCGGAGUAAUAAUCCUUGGUAUAAUCGCUGUUUUUUUUAUCAUGAGAAGCCACCGAAAAAAGAGUACAAGAGACGUGAAGGAAGCCGUGGCAGAAGUUAAGAGGAACAGUGCAGCUCAACCAUUCCUUGGACAUCCAUCUCCAGCCUUCACCUCAGGGGAAUAUCCAAACGCAUACCCACACGGACAUCCACCAAGCCAGUCGUAUAAAGACGACUACAUCGUAGAAGCACCCGCAAACCCGGCCCCUGUGGAACUGCCGCCCUCUACCCCGGCUAUGCGGCCAAUAGAACUUCCAUCCUAG